UGAAAAUUUUUAAAUUUAAUAUUCAAGGAUAUAAACUGCAGUGCACAUUAGCAGAUAAAGAAAACAGCAGAAGAAGUAAUAAAAACAACUUAAUAAACGUAACAAGAGACAACAGAACACGAUUCAUCAUAAUUAACUGUCUCGACUCAACAUGAUCAUUAACAGACGUGCACCGGUACAACCGCACACUAAAAAAAAAAAACAUUUUAAGGCCAGUAAAACGCAGAGUGAGACUAAGGCUAUUUAAGAAUAUAGGUCGAAGCAAAGGACCCAGUUAUAAAGAAACGAGCGUUUCAAACUCUAGAGAACUAAUGUUAAAAAUCAUCAGUCAUGACUUUCAAUAUAGAGCAAACUGGUUUAAUAGACCAUAAAUAAUAAUAAUAAUAAUAAUAAUAAUAAUGGUUUAAUGAAUAAUGAACAGCCUGAUCAGACGUAUUACACAGUAACGAAGUAAUGCCAUUACUGUCACGUGCCACCGCCCUCCUUUCACCUCCAGCUGUUGCAGUGAAUUGGGGGCGUCUCUCUCUCUCUCUCUCUCUCAGUUUCCAACCUUUGCCACAGGAUCAGGUGGAUGCAGCCGAACCACUGUUAACUUUGCAGCUGCCCCGACUCUCCAGACCUGACCAUGACGCACCAGGCGAGAGCUCUGGUCUCCACUAAGUGGCUCGCGGAGGCUGCCAAGGUGCAGGGGAAGUUGCGCAUCUUGGACACUUCUUGGUACCUGCCCAAACUGAGGCGAAACGCCAGGAGCGAGUUCAAGAAGAGGCACAUACCGGGCGCGGGCUUCUUUGACAUAGACCAGUGCUGCGACAAGACCUCUCCCCUGGACCACAUGCUGCCCUCGGAGAGGAUCUUUGCAGAUUACGUCGGGAACCUGGGGGUGGGGAGCGACACGCACGUCGUGGUGUACGACGGCAGCGAGUACGGCGCGUUCUCGGCGCCGCGCGUGUGGUGGAUGUUCCGGGUGUUUGGACACGGCUCGGUGUCUCUGCUCAACGGGGGGCUCAGGAACUGGGAGCUGGAGGGUCGGCCGGUGAGCGACCGGUGCGUGAAAGCCACUCCGGCCGAGUUCAAGGCCUCCCUGAACCGCUCGUGGGUGAAGACCUACGAGGACAUCCUGGACAACCUGGACACCAAGAAGCUCCAGGUGGUGGACGCCAGACCCAGAGGGAGGUUCAGAGGACUGGACCCUGAACCCAGAGAUAACACGGAGCCAGGCCACAUCCCCGGCUCCGUCAACGUUCCCUUCAACUCCUUCCUUUCCGCCUCGGGCCACUUCCUGCCCAAGGACCAGCUCCAGGCCCUGUUCGCCCGCGCUGGCGUGGACCUCCGCCGCCCCAUCUGCAGCUCCUGCGGCUCCGCCGUGACGGCGUGCCACGUGGCGCUGGCGGCCCACGAGUGCGGCCACCCGGGGGUGUCGGUGUACGACGGCGGGUGGUCGGAGUGGUACACCCGAGCCCGCCCCGAGCACGUCAUGUCUGAGGGAAGAGGGAAGCAUGUGUGAUUGGUCCGGGGUUUGGACAAAAAAAGAAGAGAACUUCCUGCUUUGGAACGGGGGGAAAGGGUGCAACAAAGUUCAGAGGAAUAGGAACAGGAACAGCUAGCACCAAGUUAGCUAAGAUAAGCACAAAGACUUGAAGAGGAAGAAGAAGACACAGCUAGUCCUGCCAGUACAAAUAAAUAAAAUAAAAAAUAAAUAGGCCAGACAGUACCUCUGAUUUACCUUUCAUGUAUUACCUGUGUGUGAAUACGUUGAACAACAAGUUAAAGAUUAGCUGCCUUCAGUCUUUGUGCUAAGCUAAGCUAGCGUGCGUCUAGAGUGGUGUCAAUCUUCUUCUCGUCCAGCUCUCAGCAGAAAAUAAGCUAAUAAACUAAUUUUACACUG